UAAUCUACUUCUAACGAAUCCCUUGCACUAUUUCCGAAGUUUCAACUUCACCUAUUUUCCAUUACAAAAGAGAAGAAAACCUGAGCACUUAAUAUCAGAAACCACCCAUCCCUGAACACGAACAGAACCAUGGCUUCCAACAACCUCGUCUUUCUUAUCUUUAGUUGUACCUUUGUUAUUACCUUGUUGAACUUCCCAACCACGAAAGCACAGAACGAGGACAGGGUUUACUUUGAGUACCAAAACUGUAGUCCAAACAGAACAUCUUCUACCAGCGCAUAUCAAAACAACUUGAUAACCCUUCUCUCUUCCUUCACUUCCAACGCAUCUGCAACGUUAUUCUACAACACCACCAUCCUCAGCAGAAACAACACGGUGUAUGGUUUGUUCAUGUGUAGGGGUGACAUACCCUUACGCCUGUGCAAAGAAUGCGUGGCCAACGCAACCGAGAAGUUAUCUACAGACCCAGAAUGUAAGAACUCCGUAGAGGCUGUGAUGUGGUACGCUGAAUGCAAGCUUCGGUAUUCCAAUGUGCCUUUCUUCUCCGUCGUGGCCACGUCUCCAGGAAUUUUUCUUGUCAGCCCUAGCGAUGUCACCACCAACUCCACAAUCAGCUUCAUGAUCUUCUUGCGCGACGCAAUGAACCGAACUGCAGAAGCAGCAGCGGUUUCGGAUGCGAGGUUCUCGACAAAGGAAACAAACUUGUCUCAUUCUCAGACUGUUUAUACUCUCGCUCAGUGCACGCAAGAUUUGUCUCCGCAGAACUGCAGAACUUGUCUUGCAGAAGCAAUAAAAGAUCUUCCAACGUGCUGUGAUGGAAAACAAGGAGGGAGAGUUGUGUUUCCGAGUUGUAACAUUUGGUACGAGAUGUACCUUUUCUAUGGCCUCAUCACUGAUAAUCCACCACAAAGACUCGCUCCAUCAUCAGGAAAAGGUCUAUCACGAACUAUUAUCUUGAUUCUUAUUUUCGCUAUUGCUUUGGUGGGACUACUUUUUGGCAUUUGUUGUUAUAUUUUGAUGCGAAGAAAAACAAGAAAGAGUAAUAACAUUAUACUUAUAGAAAAUCUUGGACUUGGAAGUUCUACUAUAGAGUCAUUGCAAUUCAGUUUGGCAAUAAUUGAAGUAGCAACAAACAACUUUGCAGAUGACAAUAAGAUAGGCAAAGGAGGAUUUGGAGAAGUUUACAAGGGUAUUCUUAUUGAUGGAACAUCUAUAGCCGUAAAAAGACUUUCAAGAAACUCUAAACAAGGUUUAGAGGAGUUCAAAAAUGAAGUUAUGUUGAUAGCCAAACUCCAACAUAGAAAUUUAGUAGCUUUCAAGGGAUUUUGUCUUGAUGAGGAAGAGAAAAUACUUAUCUAUGAAUACGUACCAAACAAGAGUUUGGACUACUUCUUAUUUGAUACUAAACAAGAAGAUUGUUUGACUUGGUCUGAGCGUUACAAAAUCAUAGAAGGGAUUGCUAAAGGAAUUCUAUAUUUACACGACCAUUCUCGACUUAAAGUAAUACAUCGUGAUCUUAAACCUAGUAAUGUAUUAUUAGAUGAAAAUAUGGAUCCAAAAAUUUCAGAUUUUGGACUUGCUAGAAUUGUUGAAAAAGACCAACAAGAAGGAAGUACAAAGAGAAUUAUUGGAACAUAUGGUUAUAUGUCUCCAGAGUAUGCUAUGUUUGGACAAUUUUCUGAGAAAUCAGAUGUUUACAGUUUUGGAGUUAUGAUUCUCGAAAUUAUUAGUGGGAAAAAGAACAUGGGUUCAUAUGAACCACAUCGUAUUGUUAAUUAUCUUUUAAAUUUUGUUUGGGAGCACUGGAGGGAUGAAACACCAUUGAGUACAUUAGAUCCAAAGUUAAAAGGAAAUCAUUCUAAUAUUGAAGUCAUUAGAUGUGUUAAGAUUGGUUUAUUAUGUGUUCAAGAAAAUCCAGAUGCUAGACCUACAAUGUUGACAAUUGUCUCAUAUCUUAAUGGUCACUUAGUUGAAUUGCCUUCUCCCCUAGAACCAACAUUUUCUUUGGAUCGAAGAACGAAUCCAACUAAUUCACAGAACCCAAGCUUGAGACAAUUUGCUAACAAUUUCAUAUCAGGCUCAAUCAAUGAGAUGUCUAUAAGUAAAUUUUAUCCUCGAUAAUUUUAUGUUGAAUGUUAUCUAUAUCUAUUUUGUUGAAUCAUAUUAUAUUAUUUGGCACUUAAA